GCGGGGCAGUGGCUCUGCGUGGUGAGGGCGGAUGGAGUCGGCAGCGCUCUGAGCCGUGCGGCCGUCGCUGCCUGGCACCCGGGGCGCGCCCUGACCCUUUCUCUUUGGCUAGACUCGAGGGCGCGCGCACGGCCAGCGUCCCGGGCGUCCACCCGGCCGGCCACCGCUUCCCGGGCGUGCGUCCGCCGGGACCCCAAGCGCGGGCUCGCGAGGAGCUGCAGCGCCCGAAGACGUGGGCGCGGCCCCGGGUCCUCCGCGUCCGAGCGGCGGUCUAUAGUGAAGCAUUCUGACUAACUGCCGAAGAGAGCCGUGGUAGACUGUCUGUCUAGCUGGGGCUGUGCUGAACUCAUCCUGCAGUACACUGAGUACAGCUGUGCUUAGUCCUCCUAGGCUUCUCCUACUCCACUCCCCACAAAGAUAAAGAAAUUGAGGCCCAGAGACAUUCAGGAUACUCUUUUAAGGAAUUAUUGAAGAUGAAGGGUUUUUGCUUUUGAUUUUGUGUGUUUUUAGUGGCUUUACCGAGUCUUAAACAGAACGCAGUCUGACAUGACGGCAGAGCAUGUUGGUUUGACUUCCACAAGUGCAGAACUGAGAGGAUUUAUAGAUCAGAAUCUCAGUCCAACAAAAGAAAGUCAGUCCUGUGGGAAGAAUUAUACAAUGUCAGGUAACAUUUCACUUGUUGCAUUUCCAGUUUCCAGCACCAACUCACCAACAAAGAUUUUACCAAAAACCUUAGGACCAAUAAAUGUGAAUGUUGGACCCCAAAUGAUCAUAAGCACUCCACAGAGACUAACCAGUUCAGGAAGUGUUCUGAUUGGGAGUCCAUAUACCCCUGCACCAGCAAUGGUCACUCAGACACACAUAGCAGAAACUCCUGGCUGGGUCCCUGGUGAUAGAAAACGGGCUAGAGAAUUUAUAGACUCUGACUUUUCAGAAAGUAAACGAAGCAAAAAAGGAGAUAAAAAUGGAAAAGGCUUGAGGCAUUUUUCAAUGAAGGUGUGUGAGAAAGUUCAGCGGAAGGGCACCACGUCAUAUAAUGAGGUCGCUGAUGAGCUGGUGUCAGAGCUCACCAGCUCAGAUGACCACCUGCCCGCUGACUCGGCUUACGAACAGAAGAACAUCCGGCGCCGUGUCUACGAUGCCCUGAACGUGCUCAUGGCCAUGAAUAUCAUCUCCAAGGAGAAGAAGGAGAUCAGGUGGAUCGGCCUGCCUAGCAACUCGGCCCAGGAGUGCCAGGACCUGGAGGUAGAGAAGCAGAGGCGGAUAGAGCGGAUAAAGCAGAAGCGUGCCCAGCUGCAAGAGCUGCUCCUGCAGCAAAUUGCUUUCAAGAACCUGGUACAGAGAAAUCGGCAGAAUGAGCAGCAAAACCAGGGCCCUCCAGCUCUGAACUCCACCAUCCAGCUACCAUUCAUCAUCAUCAACACCAGCAGAAAGACUGUCAUCGACUGCAGCAUCUCUAGUGACAAGUUUGAGUACCUUUUUAAUUUUGACAACACCUUUGAGAUCCAUGACGACAUUGAAGUGCUGAAGCGGAUGGGAAUGUCCUUUGGUCUGGAGUCCGGCAAAUGUUCCCUGGAGGACCUGCAGCUGGCUAAGUCGCUGGUGCCAAAGGCUUUAGAAGGCUACAUCACAGAUAUCUCCACAGGACCUUCUUGGUUAAAUCAGGGACUACUUUUGAACUCUACCCAGUCAGUUUCAAGUUCAGAUCUGACCACCGGUGCCACCUCACCACAGUCAAGUGUAAACCAGGGGUUGAGCUUGGAUGCUGAAGUGGCCUUAGCAACGGGGCAGCUCCUUGCCCCAAACAGUCACCAGUCCAGCAGUGCGGCCUCCCACUGCUCCGAGUCCCGAGGCGAGACCCCCUGCUCGUUCAACGAGGAAGACGAGGAAGAUGACGAGGGGUCCUCCUCCCCAGAAUAAAGACGGGAGAAAACUCACGCCUUCAUAGAUACUCAUGUGUGUUCUUAGUGUGAGCUCUUGUUUUUGAAACGAUUGCUUCAGUCUUGCCUUUGUUUGCACUGUGUGUUCCAUGAAAACUGGAGAAGCACAAAUUACACGAAGGCCAAGGUGAUUGAAGUGAAAGUUAAUGUAGCGUGAAUGAAAGCUGCCCAGCAGAGUGGGAGAGCCCAUCGCAAACAAAGCAUGUGUUCUGAGGAGGCAGGGGGAGUAAUCCCUGAAGAAUUGCUGGUGUGGAUGAAGCUCGUUUAUUUCCCAUGAGUGGGACCUUUGCCUUCUCCACACCCACGUCAUCAUUGUAGCACCAAGACUGCUCCAAGGAGCAGCAGGGAUGCUGGGCUGCCUUUCCCCAGGCAGUGAACAGGAACGUGCCCAGUGGGGGUGGGCAGAGGGGUGAGGGAGCAUGGGUUAGCUGCUGAAGUAGUUGGGAGCCUAGUUGAGAUGCUUUACGCAUCUGCUGCCUUAGAUAGCUUCUAGGAAGGAGCAAGUGCUAACUCUUACGUCCUUACGUGACAUUUAGAAUAAUUUAUAGCGAGACUGGAAUGGCCGUGAUUAGCUAGUGCAUUGGUGCAUGGAAUUUCCUAGGGCUCCUUCUGAGAACCAAGAUAGCAUAGCAUUUCCAUGUGCCAGCAUUCUAGAUCCAGAGUCCUGCUGAGAGGAAAGGAAGCUGUACCUGUGUGUGCCUCACACAGCUUUUCCAUUUAGAGUGAAACAAGCAAAUUCCUUUGGCCAGUUGCCUGCCCACAGCUCUCUGCAAUAACUGUCUGAUCUAGUGUGCAGUUUGUGAAAAUGAACCAUGUGUCAUUAGUUUUGUCUUGAAAGAAAAGUUGAUUUCAAGAAUAUGAACAGCAAUGUUUCCUUGUACAUUGUUACCUUUUUUCACAUUUUAAUUAAUCAAAAUGACCUUAUUAGAUUUAUUCCUGGGUAAAUUGUAUUUCAAACUAAUCUGAUAUUCCAUGUUCCUGUGGAAAGCCUUGAACAGCCCCGUUGACUGGAUAAGUAGUAGUGCAGUGUGUAGCCCAUGAUUUCAAAGCCAAAGAUGUCCUUGGAGUUGCUGCACUGACAUGUCCCUGGCGCUGCUCCUCUUAUGGAGGACUGAGUGGACAUCCACUACCAGAACCACCAGCGUAGAUCCAGGUCAAGUCCUUGGAAGGAGCGUAGAGUCACAGAGAGGCAGAAUGAACUGUAAAACCUUGACCCCAGUUCUCAGGGUUUGUCCUGAGCUGUAUGUCUGGCCUAUGGACCUGGCACCAAGCUGGUCCAGACUGGCUCUUCUCUGAGUCUCUAGGCAGGUGCAGGCUCUAUCCCGACAUGCUUUCCUGCUCACAGUGAGCUGGAUGGGCAGGUUUGGCUGGCUUCAAUUGUUUAUUAAGGCCAUAAACAUAAACAUGAACAUAAAAAUUCAGCUUGGGCUUCUCGGAGGACAGAGCUGUCAUUCUGUCAGGAUGAAGCCAUAGAGCAGGCCAAGUGUCCAAGGGGCAGGCAGGUGACAGAUUUCAGGGAAUUCUGGGCAUGAGCUCUCAAGCACAUCUCUCAGGCUGUUAGAGGGAGUUGUCAGAGUCUGGUCUAGGCUGCAGCGGUUCUGAGGCCCACUGUGGGAGCUUUUUUCCUGCUGGAAAACUGUUGCCUCAUACACCAGGUAAAGUGGGAUUUCCUUCCCAACCGUCCUGAAAGGGGCCAUUGCCUCCUUUUCUGGCCUCAACCCUUGUCUGUACUUGAAGGGGGCUCAGCAGGGACCUGCAGAGGCCACAGGUCCCUAGAGACAUUUCAGAAUUUAGGACAUGAAUUAUACCCAUUCCUUUACCUAGUAGCAAAAUCCUUGCUGGAGUUCUUAGAAAAGUUCCUUCUCUUUCCUCUGUUUCUGUUAUAGUGCUUUAAGCGGAUAAAACGUGGUAGUGCCUCACCAUGACCGUCUUAGUCAUCCCCGCCUGGUGUUGGCAGGAGUAGCCCUAUUCCUUGGCGGUGUUUGGUUUACAGCUGAGAUGUCUGUCAGACGGACAGUGGUCACUGGGACAUGUUACCGGUCUCAAAGCUUACCUGGAGGACACAGGUGAGGUGUCGAGACGAGUUGUACUUGUCUCCCACAUCUCCUCUGCGCCCAGCGUUCGCUGUGUCACAAUUCCAUGCAGAAAUGAAAGUGAAAAAAUGGGAGAAGGGCUGGCGGGAGUGGCUCAAGCAGUAGAGCCCUGCCUGGCAAGCUUGAGGCCCUGAGUUCAAGCACCAGUGCCGCCCAAAAAAAAUGGGGAAACUGGUCACAACGCCCAUGCUUUUGUGGAGUGGCUCACAGGGCUAUGUACACGCACAGCACCCUUGGGGUGGGAGGCUGGUCACGCUCUGCUUUUUUGGGAGUUCAGUAGCCUGCACCCCUCGAGGGUCUGUUUGGCUGCUUCCCGGUCUGUGUGGCACCAUCAUAAGUUCCUGCUCCACUGAGCAUGUGCGCAGCUGGUGCGGCCUGCAAACUUGACCCUCUCAGGAAGAGCGGCACCACCAGGGUGAUGGCAGUGUGCAGGCCCUUGGUGCCCACCAGGCUUCCUUUCACCCCUACUCACUGGACGUCUCCCUCGUCCGUGCUCUCCAUUCAUGUAGCGGAAAGCGGAGCAAAGGAGGCUGUCAGCUGUCAUGGCGGCUCUCACCUCUACACAGUGCCUGCUGCCUGGGUAAACGAGGCAUGGAGCCACCAUGUGUCCUUUGAAGUUUGAUUCUUUAAAAUGUGUU